AUGGUUUUGGCACUUUCUGUUCUUUCAAAAGAUGUAAGUUUUUAAUUAAUUUUUUUGUUAUUUUUAGAAAAGUUUGAUUUAUUUCCAAUGUUCAUCAGAAAGAAUAAAUGAGGAAACAGCAAUUCAAAUGAUGGCUUAUUCAGCGUUGGAUGUAUUAGAUGAAUGGGAAAAAGUUCCAUCAAACCGACCACAGGAACUGUUUCAGGGAUGUUUACUGUUUAAUAAUACUUAUAAAGUACGUCUUUCUAAUUUGUAAAAGAUGCAUUUUUUAUUUUUACCAAAUUUAGAAAUGUUUUUGUACUUGAUUUUAGUUAUAAUUUAUUUAGUAAAAUAACUAAAGACGUAGUGAAAAUUUUUGAAAACGGGUUGUUGGUAUUUUAAUGAAUUAUCUUUAGGUUUUUGGCUACGUUACCAAUACACAAGUAAACUUUAUACUAACUUAUGAUGCGUCUGAUUCAUCCAAUCGCGACCAAGAUGUACGAAUGGUAAGAUUUGGAUUUUUGCAUUUAUAUAUAUUUUCAGCUUUUUAAGAAGUUACAUAAUCAUUAUGUUGACGAAGUUUCAAAUCCUUUUUAUGUCCCAGGAGCAUUCUUCACAACAACCAACUUCAAAAAGUUUGUGAACACAUUAUUAUAA